AUGAAACCAGCCAUGCGACGGAUAUUCUACUGUGUGACUCGUAGUUUUCACAAAUCUUCUACUAAAUAUGCUCGAUGGCGGGACAGCUACAAGAUGGGGCAGUUUAUGCCAGAGUUGGGCGAUAAAAAACCAACACACAUUGUCGUCGGUGCAGGCUCUGCUGGAUGUGUUAUGGCCUCUCGAUUGUCUGAGAAUCCAAAUAAUCGAGUGUUGAUGAUCGAGGCCGGUCCACAGGAUCAUUGGUGGGACUGGCGAUUACAUAUGCCUGCAGCAUUGAUGUACAACCUCUGCCACGAUCGAUACAAUUGGUACUACCAUACAGUGGCACAGAAGAAUGCAGCGAACCGCACGUUCUACUGGCCAAGAGGCAGAGUUUGGGGCGCGAUGUCGUCACUGAAUGUCGAUCGUGUAUUUACGAGCGUUUCUAUCCACUCGAUUUAA